AUGGACAUUGCAGCAGCAAUGGAUUUCGGUUUCAAUUCUUCAUCAGACGGAUGCAGUUACUACACUAGUGCUCCCUCGAGCCCCACUAAUCGACUGACGGAUAUGUAUUGUGAGUUCGACGAGCUGUUGAUUGCUGCCGGUGCUAACCGCAGUAGUUGUCUUGCCGCUGUUCCAUUUGCAUGGGAGGAGAAACCGGGGGUUCCCAAGACAUCCAGCAACUUGUUUGAAGAUGAUUUUUCAUUUGAUGUAAGUUGCCAUUUCGGUAGGGAUUCAGUUACGGCUGAAGAAUUGUUCCACGGCGGCGUAAUCAAGACAGUCGAUCCUCAGACUCGCCUGCAAGAGAAGAAAGAAGAGAGAGAAAGAGGAAGAGAGAGGGGCUCUUCUUAUUCUCGUUUACCUUCUUCAAGAAGUAGAAGAACGAGAUCAUUGUCACCACUUGGGAGCUCAGAUCAACGGCGGGAACAACAACUUAGGGCUACGUACAUGAUGCCUCCCAUCAGCUCGAGUUCUUCCACUCCUUUAGGCCUUUCAUCGGAAAAUGGUUCAAGAAAAUGGAGCUUCAUGGACCUGUUCUUGUUCAGAAGUGCUUCAGAAGGGAGAGCAAUGGAUAGAGACCCAUUGAAGAAAUACUCAGCUAUCUUCAGGAAACAUGAUCAAGAUAUCAGGAACUCUGGAUCAGUGUCGAAGAGAAAAGGACGAGUAUCGGCUCAUGAACUCCAUUACACGGUGAACCGGGCAGUUUCUAAUGACAUGAAGAAAAAAACAUAUUUGCCAUACAAGCAAGGAAUUCUGGGAAGAUUCUCGUUCAAUCCAUAA